CUUAUUAUCAUGUUAGGAUUUUGCUGGAGAGAAUCCGCGCCAUCUGUGAGCCCAAGCUUUGACAUUGGCAAGGAUUCGAUCAAUAGCUGCCAUUUGAUAUCCCAACCCAAUCCUACACGAAGUCAUUCCAAAGGACGCGGCCGUCACAAGCAUAGCAUUUUGAGGCAAGGUUCCCAGUUGCGGAGUGGUGGCAAUAAUACUCUGUGUUAAGACACUCAUUCCCUCCCGUCCUUAUCGUCGUCCAUGUCAUCACCCCCCAGACAAUUGUUGUUUUUCGCUCCAACGUGUCCAACAUGUCUGUGAGGGUUGUCGCUCGAAUUCGCCCCUUGCUUCCACACGAGCUGGACAAGCCAAAGGACAUCAUCGUCCACGCCGCGAGCACAGAUGACGGCAAGCCCAACACCCUCGUCCGGAUACCGAGUCCCAAGAACGAGGCUGAGGAGUUCACCUUCGCCUUCAACAGCGUUUACGAUCAACCCACCACUCAAGAGGACCUAUUCACCGCCGAAGUUGCCCCUCACCUCAAGGCUCUCUUCCAAGGCCUCGAUGUCACCAUAUUCGCCUACGGCGUCACAGGCACCGGCAAGACACAUACCAUGCGCGGUGGGCUGAAGCUGGCAGAUCGUGGGGUGAUUCCCAGACUGCUGAGCGGUGUCUACCGAAGAGCCAAGAGGAUGACAAAGGACACAGCUGGCGAGACGACGGUGACAGUCGCCCUGUCAUACUACGAGAUCUACAACGACAAGGUUUUCGACCUCUUCGAGCCCCUCGAGAAGCGAACCCCUACCGGCCUGCCCUUGAGAGAAGCCAAUGGCAAGACGCAUGUCGUCGGACUUACAGAGAGGCCAUGUGAAGACCUGAAGGACUUCGAGAAGCUGUACAUCGAGGCAAACAAUAACCGUAUCACUGCUGCCACCAAGCUCAACGCCCAUAGCAGUCGAAGCCACGCCAUCCUGCGUGUCAAGCUUACGCAGACGACUGGCGACAUGGUCCGAGAGAGUACAGCUUCCGCCAUUGACUUGGCCGGGUCGGAGGACAACCGAAGAACCGAGAACAACAAGGAGCGUCUGGUCGAGUCGGCCGCCAUCAACAAGAGCUUGUUCGUACUUAGUCAAUGCAUCGAUGCUAUAUCGCGAGGCGAGCGACGCAUACCGUUCCGCGAAUCCAAGAUGACGAGAAUCCUCUCCUUGGGCCAGAACAACGGCAUCACCAUCAUGAUCCUCAACCUGGCGCCCCUCCGCAGCUACCACCUCGACACCCUGAGCAGUCUGAAUGUCAGCUCGCGAGCGAAGCGAAUUGAAGUGCGAGAGAUCGAGAACGAGAUUGUCUAUAAACAAGUCCCGCGUGCGAACUCUGCCAACUCCAAUAUGGCUCGUCAACCCUUACGGCCGCUUGCCAAUGCCCACAACGUCGCCUCUGGUCAGAUUGCGGCCAAGGAAAAAGAGAAUGCGGCAGCUGUCGCUGCAGAUAAACCCGUCAAGCUGUUCAAUGUCUACAGAGAAGCCGCAAAGCCUGCCGUGCUUGCACCUCGUCCGGCCAACGUUGCCCUGAAGCGCGCCAACUCGAUGCUGCAAAAGCGACCGUCCGAUCAAGACUCAGGCAUUGCCCGGCCUACGAAGAUCACCCGUCCAACUCACACACUGCUUGCACCGCAACUCACGAGCAGGCCCACUUCGAUACCGACAAAACAAUCAGCUCAACAACCCACAGUCUCUGCCGAGGACAUCGAGGCCAUGGUCGAAAAGAAGGUCGCCGAGAUCCUCGCAUCUCGCACGCAGCCCGCUCCGCAACCCGAAAUCAGUGAUGCUGUACAAAAACGGUUGGACGCUCUGGAGCGUCGCAUUGAGGAUGCUCACGACGAUGGAAAAUCUGAGGGCCUGCGUUUCUUACUCAUGGCCAGGCAGCACAAGGAAAGAGGCGAGGACUUGAGCGCCCUCAAGAUGUACGAGCUGGCUCUACCCUAUUUCCCUGGCCAGGCGAAGCUGGCUUCCAAGAUCGAAAAAAUCAAGGCCAAGAUAGCUGCCAAGAGAGAAGGUCGCGAUGUGGCCGAUGCGACCAACGAGGUGCUUUCACCCAUCGUAAGGAAAAAGAAUGUGCAUCGACACGUUGAUGACGAGGACUACGAGGCAGAUGCAGCCGAAGACGACGAGGAAUUCCUCCUUGGGCGGCAAAAGACCAAGAGGGUCAAGGCCACCAAACUGGCCCCUGUGCUCGACGACACGCCGCUUACACCUCAAAUGCAGGAGCUGCUCGACAUCAUCAACUCCGGGGAUGCCACCUCCAUCAUGGCCUUGCAGGGUUUCGGACCCAAGAAGGCACGCGACUUGGUAGAAUAUCUCAGCUUGGAUGGAAGCACGAUCGAGAAUAUUUCUCAAUUGCGAGCCGUUCCUGGGAUGGGCGGCCGAGCUAUCGAAAGAGCCUACGAAGGACUGCUGUCUGGUCGCGUGUGACGUCGACCUUGAAAGAAAGAUGAUGGACUUUUUUCCACCCAUGUGGCUGUUCAUACGUAGAAACUCGGUUUCUUCUUUUGUUACAUGAUUGGCACAGCGCUAGGUAAUUGGAUCGCAUACAUAGCAUAAAUUGCAUUGGCGAGGCGUUUUGGGAGCAUAUAGAGAUAUACAGGUGGCAUUCGGAAUGGUCGUUGUCUAUUUCAUCAUGCAUGCAUACAAUCUUGGCGG